AACAAACCAAUACGAAGGUCUUGUUGGUGUUAUAAGGUAAUUUCACAAAAUACUCGAAGUCCACUGCAUCGGCGCCAACCUCUCUCUUUCUGUCAGCCCAGAACCUCCAAAAUGUGCAAACACAUUCUGAAUGCUCAAGUAUCGAUACGGUCACCCUGCUGCCGGAAAUGGUUCGAUUGUGCAGAGUGCCAUGCCGAGUCAGAAGACCAUCCGCUGUUGCAAAGUUUCGACAUGACAUUCAUCUGCAAAAAGUGCAAGAAGGCAUUCCGGAAGAACACAAAGGACUGGGAUGAGAGUGAUGAGUACUGCCCGAAUUGUGACAAUCACUUUGUGAUUGACGCGGUCACACCGAAGGCGGCUCUGAAGGUCGAGAGCGACGAUACGCGGAUGGAUGCGAGGAUGCUCAAAGAUGAGCGCGUCAAGCAGGCAGAAAAGUCAAUAUUUGACAUACAUGACUGGACGGGGCGGCUAGGCUGAGCCUGGUAUCACACACUGCGGGUUCUGCCUCGCCGCCCUACGACCAAAUGGAUUCUGAUUCAUUGGGGUCAAUGAAAUAACGACAGGAUGAUGGGCUUGGAGUUAGUGAUAGACGAUAUCUAAUCAUUUACAAAAGUCGGCAAGCUCAAAAGCAUGGGAAACCGGUAUUGAUUCUUCAUCGCCAGAACUCCGGUCGCUAAUGCAGAAAGCACGAAUGUAGAGAAACCUGUAAAGCUCAGAUACCAGCACUACCUUCUCCCUCAGCGAGCGGCCGUGUUGGUAAUGACGCCGUACCCGAGGCACCAGGUCGACCCGGCUUUUUCUUUGCCUGUUCUUCCUGCUUCUCGGCCUCGAUUGUUUUGACAUAUUGCUCAAUUUCCUCAGAAGGAAGCAUCUCGAU